UCCCGGCUGCGACGGUGAACCGGUUUGUCCGUUUCCUUUCUCCCCGCCUCGGUGGACAUUUAAACUUCUGACCCAACAGUUGCGGUGGCUCCGCGCGCGGGCCCGACAUGCCGCCCAAGCCCCCCCGAAAGGGGGGAGCCGCCGCCAAGGGCCAGCGAGCCAGCCCGGACCGCGGCACUGGCGGCACCCCACCGCCUGCCGCCGCCAGGCUUGAGUUUGGAGAAACUGACUUUGUUGCACUUUGUGACACUUUAAGAGUGUCAGACAUUGUAAGAGCAAAUGCUUGGAAGACAUAUGAAAAAGUGUCAUCUGCUGAUGGAACUCUAGUGGGUUACAGUGAAAAGAAAAAGGACAUGUGGGGGAUCUGUAUCUUUAUUGCAGCAGUUGACUUGGAUGAGAUGACAUUCACUUUUACAGAGCUUCUGAAAAGUAUAGGUAUGAGUGUGUGCACAUGUUUUCGGUUGCUGAGAGAGAUGGAUGUUAACAUGGAUACCAUAAGCACUAAAGUUGAUAGUAAUGUAUCACGACUGAAUAAGAAGUAUGAUGUAUUAUCUGCACUAUAUCACAAGUUUGAAAGGACUUGUGGACUUAUCUACAUGAUACAACCCAGCAGUCAGACUUCUGCUGAAUUGAGUUUCCCAUUGGUUCUGAAAACUUCCUGGAUCACUUUUUUGUUGGCGAAAGGAAAAGUAUUGCAAAUGGAAGAUGACCUGGUGAUCUCUUUCCAGUUACUGUUAUGUGUCCUUGAUUAUUUUAUCAAACUAUCACCACCGGCAAUGCUCAAGGAGCCAUACAAAUCUCAUGUGAGUGCAAUGUCUAUUAAUGGCUCAACUCGAGCUCCAAGGCGAGGUCAGAACAGGAGUACACGUACAUCAAAACAAACUGAAACAGAUACAAAAGUUAUUGAAGUCCUUUGUAAAGAAUAUGGUUGUAACUUAGAUGAGGUCAAAAAUGUAUAUUUCACAAGCUUUAUUCCGUUCUUGAAUUCUGUUGGUAUUGUAACUUCAAAUGGACUUCCGGAGGUUGAGGAUCUCUCGAGACAAUAUGAAGAGCUUUACCUGAAAAAUAAAGAUAUAGAUGCACGAUUAUUUCUCGAUAAUGAUGAAACUUUACAGCGUAAUCACAUAGAAUGGGCUGCAAUGAAUACUAUCCAGCAGUUAAUGAUGAUUUUAAAUUCAGCAAGUGAUAAACCAUCAGAUAAUCUCAUCUCAUAUUUUAAUAACUGUACAGUGAACCCUAAAGAAAAUAUCCUGGCAAGAGUAGAAAAUCUUGGGAACAUCUUCAAAGAGAAAUUUGCUGAAGCAGUUGGACAGGGAUGUGCUGAAAUUGGCUCACAGAGAUAUAAACUUGGUGUAAGGCUAUACUACAGACUAAUGGAAUCCAUGUUAAAGUCGGAGGAAGAGCGCCUGUCAGUUCACAAUUUUAGCAAACUUCUGAACAAUAAUAUCUUCCACACAUCUCUUCUGGCCUGUGCUGUUGAGGUUGUCAUGGCUACAUAUGGCAGGAAUGCUUCACAAAGUGAUGGCACCAGUACUGAAACGGAUUUGUCUUUUCCAUGGAUUCUCAAUGUACUUGAUUUAAAAGCCUUUGACUUCUACAAGGUGAUUGAAAGCUUUAUUAAAGCAGAACCAAGCUUGACAAGAGAGAUGAUAAAACAUCUAGAACGCUGUGAACAUCGAAUUAUGGAAUCCCUUGCAUGGCAAUCAGAUUCGUCUCUAUUUGAUCUUAUUAAGCAAUCCAAGGAACGAGAAGGCCAAGUUGAUCAACCUGAGCCCACCUGCACUCUUAACUUUCCUCUCCAGCAUAAUCACACUGCGGCAGAUCUGUAUCUUUCUCCUGUGAGAUCUCCUAAGAAGAAAGGAUCCACAGCCUCUUUAAACCCCACUCCUAUAAUAGAUGCUCAGCCUGUUUUGGCACCCCAAACUCAGAAACCACAGAAAUCUACCUCCCUUUCACUAUUUUACAAAAAAGUGUAUCGGCUGGCAUAUCUUCGAUUAAAUACCCUCUGCUUACGGCUUCUGUUUGACCACCCUGAACUAGAACACUUGAUCUGGACCCUUUUUCAGCACACAUUGCAAAAUGAAUAUGAACUUAUGAAAGACAGGCACUUAGACCAGAUCAUGAUGUGUUCCAUGUAUGGCAUAUGCAAAGUAAAGAACGUAGAUCUUAGGUUUAAAAUCAUUGUUACAGCAUACAAGGAGCUCACCAAUACAAAUCAAGAGACUUUCAAACGAGUGCUGAUCAGGGAAGGACAAUAUGACUCCAUUAUCGUCUUCUACAACUUAGUGUUUAUGCAGAAACUGAAAACUAACAUUUUGCAGUAUGCCUCCAAUAGGCCUCCCACCUUGUCACCUAUCCCCCACAUUCCUCGAAGUCCUUACAAGUUUUCUAAUUCUCCCCUACGUGUCCCUGCUGGAAAUAACAUCUACAUCUCACCCUUGAAGAGUCCAUACAAAUUCUCUGAAGGCAUGUUGUCACCCACAAAGAUGACUCCAAGAUCCAGAAUCCUGGUGUCAAUUGGUGAAUCAUUUGGGACUUCUGAGAAGUUUCAGAAAAUAAACCAAAUGGUGGGUAGCAGUGAUCGUCAGCUGAAACGCAGUGCUGAAGUAAGCACUGCCCCUAAACCUCUGAAGAGACUUCGCUUUGAUAUAGAAGGACAGGAUGAGGCAGAUGGAAGCAAACACCUUCCUGGAGAGUCCAAAUUCCAGCAAAAGCUUGCAGAAAUGACGUCUACUCGAACAAGAAUGCAAAAGCAAAAACUAAAUGAUGGAACUGAUACAUCAGCCACUGAAGAAAAGUGAACAUCUUCUCAGGACCAUGCGGUGCACUGCAUGCUUCUCUGCAUUUGUCUUUCUUUUUCAGCCACCAUGUUAAUUACUUUUUUAUGAUCAAUUGCUAGUUUAAAAUGUUUGGCUUUUUUUUUUUUUUUUAACUUCAGUGUUUUUCAUUAUAUUAUGCCGUAUGAUGUAGCAUGUACACAAUGUAAGCCACUGAGUUUAUUAAUUUAUAUAUUUUUGAGGAUUUGGAAGAGUUUUUCAGCUUCCUAUUGCAACAUUGUUCAUUUAAUACCAAUUCAUUCUACUUAUUUUGAACUCUUCUAUCAAAAAUAAAGUUAGAUAGAAUGAUUUGAAAUGCACUAAUUCUUUUGUUCAUUAGAUUUCAUUUUAAUGUUGGAAUUUUAUGCACUAUUUGCAUAUUUUGUGAAUUAGGGGCCAGAUACUGCAACGACUUCUGACUCUGUAGAAUUACCAUGCUAAGGCCCAUUAACUUUACUAUGCACGCAGUCAUAAUUGUUGCAGGAUUAGGCCCUGCCAUUGUAAGUACAACAUGCAAACAAGGUGUAAAGUAAACUCACAUAGCCAUACUACUGAAACAAAUAACAGAUACCUCAGGUUCUUAACAUCUUCUAGUACUUUUUCCCCUCACAGUUUGAGUGGACAGUUACACUGCUGGUCAUCUGUUAGUUUGAACCUAACUGAGUAUGAAUUACUCAGAGAGUAAGUGUGUUCCAGGGACAGAGUUUUUUCCCCCAAGUACAAAACACUCAAAAUGCACUUUCUGAUAUUUCUGGAUCCUGAAAAAUAAGAAAAAUGCACAUGAAAUGAAAUCAUACUGUUACCAAUCUGGAGUUUCUUGCAAUGACCUCUACAAAUACUGAUUUGCCUGAAGUCAAUGAUUUAGCUUACUCAAAUUUUGCCAAGAAAUGGGAACAGAACCCGACUUUUAGUAACUUAAACCUGUGUGCUUCAAGUUGGCCUCCUAAGAAUGAAUAGCCUGAGUUCCAAAGUGCACCCAAAUUCAUAUUUAGAUCAAGUUUAACAUGUGAAGCAUCCAGAUCUGAAAAAUUUGGUCAAAGUCCUCCCUCUCUCCAUAAAAGGGCACAUCUUUUAAGGCUACUUGAAUUAUUGCUAAACAAAUACAUUUUUAAAUUAGCUACUCAGUUGUGGGUGUUUUGCUAGUAUAAAGGUAUCAAAAAGUAAUUUACUUCUAGCAGUCUAAAGAACAGCUCGAGCAGAGCUUUCUCAUGACUGCUGCCUUUAGAAUUAUCCAUUCAUUUUAAUGAAGAUUUAGUUUUGUGCAACUGCUUAAAUUAAAGUAGAUACAGUAGAAAAAAAGCACCUGGCUUUUAUUACACAGAAACAUGUUUUUAAAAAAAUCUUGUGUGGGUAACUUAUUUGGAAAUCUCUUCGUUGAAAAUAGAAAAUACUUUUGGUAGUGUCAUCUGGUUUUUUAAAGAUCAGUUUUUGUCAGUCAAAAUCUAAUUGUAGAGCAAUUUUUAAAAACUGUACAACAGUAUAUUGAUUUGGAAAUAUUUUGAUGAACUUUGAAAUAAAACAGUUACCUUAA